AUGGCAGUCGGAUGGGAUAAACUUGAAGUCUACUGCCACACCUCGAAUGUAUCUGCACACACUUGCGUCGCUGAUACUUGUACAUCUCCCCCUUCAGUGCACUGUAACUCCAAGGCCCCCUCGAAAAGUGCUUCAAAAAACACGCACAAUGGAUCGUUUGCUCUACGCGCAUGUUACAUCAUGCAUGGCAUGCUGGUCAUGAUCCACAUAGUCUUUGUUAUCUUCUAUAUCUGUCAAUCAAAAGACUAUGCAACUUUCUCUUCCACAUCAACAAACAGCGAUUUCUGGUCUGCGAUGCUUAGUGCUUCACUGCAAGCGUUUUAUACUAUAUACACUGGUGUUCUGCUUUUCCUUACCCAACGGCUUGCGAUUUCGAGAACGCUCUCAUUUACCACUAUAGUUAACGCCUCGGUGCCCACAACACUAGGAUGGCCAGAUGAUUCAUCGUACGGCAAUUUCACAAACCUGGGACCCAUUGUUGCAUCCCUACCAGUCAUCAGUCAAUUGACUGGACUGGCGUCUACAGGAUUAGCAAACACGACAUUGUAUGACACCCUUACACUCUUCUCUGACAGCCUUACACCUUACGACACCCCUCUAAUUGGUUCUGAGGCAGGAAUUGUGGUUGUGAAUGCGACAACAGUGACCUCGAGUUGUGGAUUGAUUCCAAAUGUGACAUACUCUGCGAAUACCAGCACAGCAAUCUUUCCGUUCGGGCAAGAUUCUUUAGUGUUUAAUACGAGCAUUCCGAGGCUUUGUUGGGCCAGACCAGAUACAUAUAAUUCCAUGGACUAUGAAGAUUCUGAUGGUGACUCAGAGGACUCGGAGCUCGAUGGUAUCUAUAUUAUGGUAUCCACAUUAUCGGGGAUCGACCCUUCAGUACAAGAUGAGGUCGCCGUAAACACGACUUGGGCUAUCCCCGACAUUGUCACUCCAUACGUCAUACAGGUCUAUUUUAUAUAUUGCUCGUUGUCGGUGAUCACUAUAGAUGAGAAGAUCGGUGCGCAAACCAACAGUCCACCGAGUCCCACGUCCACUGUAUCGCAGCCAUACAUGCAAUGGGAAAUGUACUCAGACUAUCAACUUAAAUUCGGGCAGUCGAAUACUAGUAGUUGGAAAACACAAAUCAGCAAGGCUUUGGCUACGAACUACAGCAGCGGGAUGGUGUUUGAAGGUUUGAAUCUCGCCGCGGAAUAUACACAAUUCCGAGCCCACGGUGCUCUUCCGAUUUUGAAUUUCACUUUGGGACCAAAUGAACUAGAAUUUGCGGUUCCGAGAACAGCUGCACAACUCAUCUGGCUAGCGGGACAAUUGGGCGCAGCCAAUGGAGGAAUUGACCCUGGCAAUGGGUUGGCUUAUGCCGACAUAGACGUCCCCAAAUAUAUCCUACAACUCAAUAUCAACCUUCUUCCGUUGGCUUUCGCGGCGGCUGCAUCAGUGAUCAUGUUGGGACUGGCUCUACAUAUGACCCGAGCAUUCGAUACAUCGCACGACAGACAGGCCCGGGCUGCUAUCCCAAAUAUAGGUGUACAGCAACUCUUGUGGUUGGGUCAUCGUUCAACCUCUGUCAAUGAAGUCCUGGAAGAUGUGCAACAUCCGACAGAGGCCAAUCUGCGUCGAGCAGGCAUGAUAGAUGUUUGUUUUUCGCAUAUAAUACCCGACGAAGGAGAGGUAGAGAGUUCAACUGCCAUCGAUAGUCUCUCUUGUAAUGUCGGCCACCGUCGUGAUGAUAAGGAAUGA